AUGCGCUAUGUGCUCUGCCUUUCCAGACGCCGGUGAGGUUCCCCGAAAUAAAUUGCAAUCGGUCGUGGCCGUUCUAAUUUGCAGUAACAUCUCUACUUAUCUGGUAGCUUUCGGCUGCAUAGCGAUCGAAAUCUACUUGUGCUGAGCUGGUGCGACUCCGGUGAUUCAUUUUCUCUGCUACUGGAUGAGAUGGAAGGGUGCGGCUAUGAAGUGUUCUUGAGUUUCCGAGGACCGGACACGCGCGCGGGCUUGACCGAUCAUCUCUAUACCUCUCUCAUAGAUGCAGGAGUCCGUGCGUACGAGGACGACGAAGAACUCCGCGUGGGUGAAGACAUCGGCGGGGAUCUCCUUCGGGCGAUUGAGCAAUCGAAGAUCUUCAUACCCAUCUUGUCUAAAGGUUAUGCUUCCAAUAUUUGGUGUCUUAAGGAGUUGGCCCUGAUGGUGGAGUAUCGGAAAAGGGAGGGACGGUUAAUUUUGCCCAUUUUCUACGAUGUCAGUCCAUCCGAGGUUCGACUCCAAAUGGGAGGUUACGGUGCGGCCUUCCGUUUGCACGAAAUGAAGAAGCGAUUUGACAAUGAGACCAUCCGCGAGUGGAGAGCUGCUCUCCAGGAGGUUGGAAGUUUAAGAGGAUGGGACGCACAAGACGAGGCUUACAGGCGCAAGGACUACUUGUUAAACAGGUGGUUACCGAGGUUUUAAGAGAGCUGAAGAAUUUGGAAAAAAGUCAUCUAGAAACUAUACCGCUCAAGAUGCAAAAUGAACCGUCUGCUCCAAGCAUAUUACUUCCACGUGAGAGCAUGGAGAAAAUGAAAGAUGAAGCUAGAUGGCAAGCAGCAGAUAUGGAAACCUCAUAUGGGAAUUAUGCAAUUUUACCUGUUCAAAAUUUAGUUGGAAUUGAUGAUAAGGUAAAACACAUGACCGACUUACUGGAAAUGGAAGUCAAUGAUGAGGUGCACAUUGUUGGAAUCUAUGGAACUGAUGGAAUUGGCAAGACAACUCUUGCCAAGGCUGUAUACAAGUGCAUCUCUUCUUGUUUCGACAGUUGUAGCUUUCUUGCAGAGGUCGAAGAAGCCAAAAAUUCUCAUGGUAUUCAGUUUUUGCAAAAUAAGUUGAUACAUGAUAUCCUUGAACAAGAUUGCGAAGAUGUUUCUUUCGAUGAAAGAAUAGAAGAUUACCUGGAUAUAUUUUGUGAAAUGAAAGUUCUAAUAGUUGUUGAUGAUGUGGAAAAGCCAUCAGACCUUCAUGCUAUUGUAGGGGACCACCUUCAUUGGUUUGGUCCAGGUAGUCGAAUAAUUGUGACUUCCAAAAAUUGUGGAAUUCUCAAAGAGUAUGAUCCCGAGAAGGCUCGUACCUGUUUGGUUAGUGCAUUGGAUAAUGGUCAAGCUUUUGAACUUUUCUGCAGGCAUGCAUUCAGGAUGCAAUCUUCAAUUCCAGAUUAUGAUGGACUCACGAAAUGGAUUGUCAAUGCUACAGCUAAACUACCAUUAGCAGUUGAAGUCCUUGGUUCAUUUUUGCGGGGUAAGUCAAUACAAGAAUGGGAAAAUAUGAAGAAGUCGAUGGAAGUACGUAUGAUGAGUUAUCAAGAGACUUCGGUUGGUCUUGAAGAGAUAUGGGAUAUAUGUUACAAAGAAUUAGAUCAACAGCAAAAAGAUAUAUUUCUGGACAUAGCAUGUUUUGUCUUUGGUGUGGAUGCCCGAACUGCUUCAUAUAUGUGGCCCAAUUGUCAUCUUCCAUCUUCUGGUUGCAUUCUAAUGCCCUUGGCAAAAAUUGGAGAAAACAAUGAAUUGCAGAUGCACAGGUCACUAAGAUGCCUUGGCAAAAGAAUUUUAAAUCAAGAGGGAUCUGAAGGUCCAAUUGGGAGUAAAUUUUCCAUACAGGAUAUGUUUCCAAAAGCAAUAAGCAGGAAGAAGGGAAUUGUAAACGUUGAAGCUCUCUCAUUCGACUUCACAGCUGGAGAUUUUAAGGGGAUGCAAGGCAUAAGAUUUUUCAAGUUGAAUAACGCAAAAGUUUCCGGAGAUUUUGCAGAUGCAUUUCCGAGUUUAAGGUGGCUCUGUUGGCAAAGGUGUCCUCUGGAAUUUGAUGCAACAAAUUUUAUAUUAAGAGAGUUGGUCAUUCUUGAUCUGUCUUGGAGCAAAGUCACAAAAGACUGGGGAGGUUGGACUAAAAUCAAGAUGGAGAAAUUGAAAGUCUUGAAUCUUACCGGGUGUUCUGGAUUAUUGAUCACUCCCAACUUCUCCGAUUACAAAGAUUUGGAAAUCCUGAUUCUUGAACGAUGUUCUCGUUUGGUGAAGCUAGGUCCUUCAAUUGGCCAUUUGACACGUUUAGUCUCCCUGAAUUUGAAGUUCUGCUCCCAAUUGCACGGGUUGCCAGAGGAACUGGGUCGGAUGACAGCUCUGAAAGAACUUUUUAUUGACGGGACUUCUGUACGGCAUAUCCCCAAUUCCAUAGGCAAUUUGAUGCAGCUCGAAAUAAUCAGCUGCUUCAAGUGCCUCUCAUUGACUUACCUGCCUAGUUCGAUUUUUAUCUGGCUGCUCUCUCUGAACUCUCACUAUAUGGUGCCAAAAUUACUGAGCUCCCAAGCUCACUGGAAGAGCCGCUUAAGCUAAGACGCUUGUCGUUGGGGGAGUGCCGUUAUUUGGAGGAA